UCUAAGUCCUUCUGCAUUUGCUUCGAAAGGCUGAUUGCUCCAAAUUCUUCUUCAAUUUUGAAGUUCUAUACUUCUUCCUAGCUUCCUACUCCUUUCCUCAAUUCUUUUGCUUAUGUUGAUGGUGCACUGCCAGAUCCUGCUCUGAAUUUUGGGCUUCUUCUUCGAUCUUGCUUGAUAUGCCCACUAUUCUCAUUUUCAGGCUGGGCUUUUCCGUAGAGUAUGGGCUUGUGAUUCUGAGCAUAUAGUUGGAGAAUUGUGAAGGAGGUGAAGAAAUUUCUUACGAUGCGGUUGUUCCCCUUGAGCUCGAGCUCCAACUCGAGUUUGAGGUCGGAGAGGGAGCGAAAUAAUGAGAAAAAGAGUCGUGCUAUGGUUUAUCUCAAUGUAUAUGAUCUCACUCCUAUAAACAAUUAUCUUUACUUGUUUGGACUUGGAAUCUUUCAUUCCGGUAUAGAAGUGCAUGGUAUGGAGUAUGGCUUUGGAGCACAUGAGUAUCCGUCAAGUGGAGUGUUUGAGGUUGAACCUAGAAGCUGCCCUGGCUUUAUCUUUAGACGAUCAGUUGUAUUAGGCAGCACUGACCUGUCUGGCACAGAGUUUCGUUCCUUCAUUGAGCGCCUUUCUUCUGAUUAUCAUGGAGAUACUUACCAUCUGAUUGCCAAGAAUUGCAACCAUUUUACUGAUGAAGUCUGUCAACGGCUAACUGGAAAGCCUAUCCCUGCAUGGGUAAAUCGAAUGGCUCGAGUAGGUUCUUUCUGCAAUUGUCUUUUGCCAGAAAGCCUUCAGGUUGCUGCAGUUAGACAUCUUCCUGAACGCCUAACAUAUACUGAUGACGAAGGAUCAGAAUCUGGGUUGUCUGCAUCAAUGGAAAGUGAAGAGGAGGAGCCAAAUCACCAUCUGCUAACAGCAUCUAAUGGUGACGUGGCCUUUCUAAAGGAAAAACCGGUGCGGCUAGCUCGAGAGCUUCUGUGAUUUCAGUAGCUUCUGUUGUGUGAUGGUUAUGAUUAUUCUUUGUUCGGUUGUUAUCAUGUUCAUAUAUACAAUCACAGCUUAGCCAGUGUGACAAGUUUCUCAAAC